AUGAUAGGAACCUCGCUGAUGGCGCAGCCCCAGCAGACACAACAGGUGCCUGCGCUGUCGCAGUCACAAGCCCAGCUGUCGAGCUCUCUAUGGCAGCCUGGCCAAGAGACGCCGCACCAGAAGCCGAUUCUGGAACAGAUGAAGCUCGUGACGGAGAAAUGGGAUCCCGCCAACCCCAGCUGCGUGUUCAAGCACUACUUUUACAACAAAGUCGAUGAAGCACACAUCCCCUUUUACAAGCCUCAACCAUUCGAAGACCCUCGAGAAUGGGAGGAGGCGCUGCAGAACAAGCCCGCCCCUGGUUUCAUGCCUGUGCUGUGCGCAGGCUACACUGGCGUGGCAGACCGAUUGAAGACGCAAAAGCGUGCCAUUUCCGAAUUCAACACACGACUACACCAGAUCAACGGCUGUCUGGAUGCAUUGCUGCAGCGACAUGAGUUGGAGACGGAAACCAGAGCACUCGCUGCCAGGAGGCGGCAGACGAUGAUUUCCAACCGAUGUUUGGCUUUGGCCGCCAAGGUGCAGAUUCUUAGGAACAGGGGCUACGCUCUGAGCGGCGAUGAGGAUGAUUUGAAGAGCAGACUGCAGGCUCUGGAGCGCGACGUGCAAGACCCGGCAGUUGGUGCCAGGGAAGAAGAGCUGUGGAGCAGGCUGAUCGUGCUGAGAGGAUACUCCGAGAGGCUGAACAAGGAAAUGGAGAAGCCGGCUGGAGCUGAGAGCGAGGGGCUGGAUGAGGAGACGCAGACAAGGGCAAAGCGGGUAUUGGAAGAUUACGAGAGACAGCUACAGCAUUUGAAAAAGGAGUUGGAGGCGUUGGGCGCAGACUACCAGGAGUGGGAAAAGAGCAGAAACCCGCCAUCACGGUCCCGGUAA